GGCGACCGUGACGUCAUGCCGUUGAUGAUUGGUUGAGAGUACUGGCGGAAGAAGCCGGACGAUGGUUUUCGGGCCGAUGUGGAGGCCGUGUUAGUUUUGUGAAGAUGCGGUGGCCCAUUCCGCCGCUUGGGUACCUGCUGCUGGGCGGACAGGGUCUGCUGCUCACUUUCUCGCUUAUUUCCACCCAGAAUCACAGCAGCCCUGUAACCUACCCGGACAUCAACGUUAGUGCCGCUCCGGAGCCCAGGGACCCUCUGGGACCUCUAGUAUUGUGCUCUUAUCUGCCAGAAGAAUUUGUUGAGUGUGAUGAUCCUGUGGACCACAUGGGUAAUGGAACUUCACACCAAGAGCUUAGAUACGGCUGUAAAAAGUUCGGGGGUCAGGUGUAUGGUGAUGUGGAGCACACAAAGGUGAUGUGCCGGGCUUUAGAUGGGAUAGAAUGUGGCGGUCCUCGUUCUUUUCUGCGAGGGAACAAACCUUGUAUUAAAUAUACAGGACACUAUUUCAUCACUACCCUCCUGUAUUCUUUCUUCCUUGGCUGCUUUGGAGUCGAUCGUUUCUGCCUGGGUCACACGGGCACAGCGGUGGGCAAGCUCCUCACGUUGGGGGGUUUGGGAAUCUGGUGGUUUGUGGAUCUUAUUUUGCUUAUUACCGGGGGUCUCAUGCCAAGUGACAACAGCAACUGGUGCACCAUCUACUGAUCUCCCCCUUGAGGAUCAUCUUGUUCUGUAGGAGUACGAUGGCAAUGCAGGACAGGGAAAAAAGCAGACCCGGAGAGAGUAUCAUGGAGCUUCCCUACCAGGAAAAUUAUGCCAAAUAUAGAAUUUUAAACAAUCAUAUUUACACAGUUUUGUAAGCUAAAUCCUACUGAUUGCCCUUCAAAUCGAUUCAGCUGGAGGAUUGCGUUUACAGCCUUUAUGGGGCCAGUUUAAAGGUCUAUCAGGCAUCAGCACUUAUUCUCUCAUGGUUAAUUGAGGAGAGGAUUCUACGGCCUGACCUAUUUAUGGUUAUUAUAGGGCAGCUUCUACACUUUUUGCCUGACACUGUAACUAUAUAAACAGAGUAUGUACCUGGGACUUGCACUGAUCCUUGUGUAAUGUACAAUGAUGUAAAUAGGUAGUACACUGAAUGCUAUUUCAUAUAAAUUAUAAUUAACACAUUA